GCGGGGCCAGAAGGCAGACGGAGGAGAUCUGGGAGCCUACCCCUGCGGAGUAGUCCUCAAGCGCCCGGAAGGCGGCUGGAAGGCCCGGCACCCGCGCGAUCCUGCUCUUCCUCAGCUGAAGUGGACAUGAGCACGGGGCCCAGCCCUGAGUCCAGAUGAUGUUCGUGCCAAUGGCUUCAUUGAUGGCAGUGACUGAACCUAAAUGGGUCUCCGUCUGGGGCCGUUUCCUGUGGCUUAUGCUGCUGAGCAUGGCACUGGGGUCACUGCUGGCCCUGCUGCUGCCACUGGGAGCCAUGGAGGAACAGUGCUUGGCCAUACUCAAAGGCUUCUACCUGCUCAGGAACAAAUUAGACAGGGCACAGCAUGCUGUCACCAAGCGCACCAGCCCCUCCACAGAGCUCAGCAUCACCUCCCGGGACGCAGGGCUGCUGGUGGUCGAGAUCAAGGCAUCUCCAGCAGGCAGGCUGGAAGCCAAAGCAGCUUUGAAUCAAGCCCUGGAAAUGAAGCGCCAGGGCAAGCGGGAGAAAGCCCACAAGCUCUUCCUGUACGCACUCAAGAUGGACCCGGAUUAUGUGGAUGCGCUCAAUGAGUACGGCAUCUUCUCGGAAGAAGACAAGGACAUCAUCCGAGCAGAUCACCUGUACACCAGAGCGCUGACCAUCUCGCCCUUCCAUGAGAAGGCCCUGGUCAACCGGGACCGGACGCUGCCACUCGUGGAGGAGAUCGACCAGAGAUACUUCAGCAUCAUCGACAGCAAGGUGAGGAAGGUGAUGUCCAUCCCCAAGGGGAACUCAGCGCUGCGCAGGGUCAUGGAGGAGACGUACUACCAUCACAUCUACCACACGGUCGCCAUCGAGGGCAACACGCUCACACUCUCCGAGAUCAGGCAUAUCCUGGAGACGCGCUACGCUGUGCCAGGGAAGAGCCUGGAGGAGCAGAACGAGGUCAUCGGCAUGCACGCGGCCAUGAAGUAUGUCAACACCACCCUGGUCUCCCGCAUAGGCUCCGUCACCAUCGACGACAUGCUGGAGAUCCACAGGCGGGUGCUGGGGUACGUGGAUCCAGUGGAAGCUGGCAGGUUUCGCAGGACCCAGGUCCUGGUGGGACACCAUGUCCCCCCCCAUCCCCAGGACGUGGAGAAGCAGAUGCAGGAGUUCAUACAGUGGCUCAACUCUGAGGAUGCCAUGAACCUGCACCCAGUGGAGUUCGCAGCCUUAGCACAUUACAAACUUGUCUACAUCCACCCUUUCAUAGACGGCAACGGGAGGACCUCACGCCUGCUCAUGAACCUCAUCCUGAUGCAGGCGGGCUACCCACCCAUCACCAUCCGCAAGGAGCAGAGGUCCGAAUACUACCAUGUGCUGGAGGUCGCCAACGAGGGCGACGUGAGGCCCUUCAUCCGCUUCAUCGCCAAGUGCACUGAGACCACCCUGGACACCCUGCUUUUUGCCACGACUGAGUACUCAGUGGCACUGCCGGAAGCCAAACCCAACCAUUCUGGGUUCAAGGAGAUGCUUCCUGUGAAGCCCUAGCCCUGUCCGUUCACCUUGCGCAACAAGAGAAGCCGGGACAGGAUCGAAGAAACUUAUCAGGUCUAGAAACCUUUAAAUGUUCAUUACCUCCAAAAAUUUUUUAGUUAAAAAAAAAACUAAAUUAUUAAGCCUUGUAUCUAAGAUAACUUAUAAUGCAGUGAAGUUAUUUAUUUUGAGCAAGCCAUGUAGUGUGUCUGCUGUGGCCCGCCAGUGGCCCGUGUGAGCGGUGGCCCCACAUGCUUUGGAGGCACCGAUGCUGUGUGUGACCAGAAUCAAGGUUCUGGAAAGGAUGCCGGAGUAGGAGGACAAGGCCCAGAGCCACUGAAGAGUGCCUUCAAGUCUUUCUCUGGAGCCACUGUCACCCCACUCCCGGGGAGGACCUGUCCCAGGUCUGAGAAAUGACAGCCGCUCUCAGGUCUCUGUGCCCCUGCCACCGUUUCCAUGUGGUGGCCUUUCCUGGUAGAGCGCACUUGUAAGCCUUGACAUGAAUGUUGACAUUUCUAGUUAGGUACCUUACCUCCAGGGCGACUCUUGGAGACAUAACUUGCAGAUGCAGGUGCCCGAGGCUAUGUUUUCAUAUAGACUAUUUUUCUAAUUAAGGAGAGGACGACAGUCAGCUUGGUUUUCUUUGUGUAGCAGUGUUGCCCUUGCCCUUCAUUCACAGCAAUGUAGACCAGAUGUUUUCAUCCAAAGCAGUGAUGGCGAACCUUUUAGAGCUUUCAGUGAGAACAAACAGCUCACUGUGGCACUCACACCACAGGUUCUCCACCACUGAUCUAGUUCUCUGGGUUCGUCGCCCAAAACCUGCAUCACAUUGCCAAGCCACUUUGCCCUCUGCUCCCAGUUUUCUGCAGUUGGAGUCCAAACAUAGGUGAGAAAGACACCACGUCACCCCAAAGCAGCACUCUGAUAACGACUUAGAACCAAGUAAUCACCUCUGACCGCAGCCGGUGUGUCCCUUUGUUUAGCUGCGUCCACUCGCUGACCGUACUGCCAUUGUACCGUCUAGUGGCCCCCUUGGGGAAGCGAGAUUGUCUCCAAUUGGCUUACUUUUCUAGCAUCUUGUAGAAUGACAAAAUGUUAUGUAUAACACAGCCAGCCAGGUAUCUAAGUUGUCACCUAUGGAAAUCUUUAAUGGCACAUGGGCCAGUUCACCUGCUGCUGUUUCCAGUCAGAAAAGCGGGAAAUCACUAGCUUCCCUUUCCCAGUGACAGCCUGCACGAUGAACUCUGCGCUGCCCUUCGGAGACCAUACACGAAGCGGUGUCACAUCUUUGAUUUUUACAUAUAGUUCCUGAUGCUCACCGUCUCCCAGAUGUGUAUACCGUUACUCAUUUGUGUAAGUGGCAGAGUCAGUCACUUUUUUGAAGGUUAAGAAAAAUAAGUGAAAAGCUGUAUGAAAUGGCUCCAAAUAAGUUACUCCAAGCUGGAAAAAAAAUGUUCUCAUAGUAGAGCUGCCUUGAGGCAUUUCUUAAACCUGAGCUCUUCUGCUGUCUAGUUUCUUUAAGCACAGCACGGAGGGCCGACAGGAGUGCUUGCUUUGUCCUUUAGUGAGAGAAUUUGCACUUUAGUUGUAUGUGAAGGAUAUCAUUUUAACAAGUUACUGAUCCUAAUAAAGUAUUUUAUUAUACAAA